GUCAGUGGUGUAGUCUAGAUUUUUAUAGUGAGUACCAUGGGCGAGGCUAGCCCCUUUUUAGGGGUGCUUCAGCACCCCUAAAAAGGAGCUCAGCACCCCUAAAACUUGGGGCAAGAAAUUUAAUUAUUCUAAAAUGUUCGUUCGUCUUUGACCAGGUUAAAUAAUGUCCAAAACAUACUCCGUAGUUUGUGGUUUAAAAUAUAUAAUAAGGUAGAAAAUGAAAACCUCCCCGCUUAGCAAAUGGUGUCAUCCUCUUCUACUCUGUACCUGCAUCGCUUAGCCCGUCCGUCAUUCAGCGUGAAACACACGCAGAGUGAGAAUCAGAUAGUGUUGUGAUGCAACUUUUUUGUUCAAAUCUUACAAAAUGUUUACGUUAUGUUUAUAAUGAGCGAGUACAUCACGAAUCAAUCUUUCAAGUCGUGUUUUUGUCUUAUAAUGAAUCACCAUGGUACACGUAUAAUAAGUGUUUAUUUUCGGAUUAUUUAAGUCCGGCGGGUACCCGCGCGCUGCGGAGUAGCACAGUACCUGGGUGACUCGUCCAUAGACUUAAACGGAGAGAAGUAGCGCCGGUUACAAUGUUCUUCCGCAAGACGCAUGCAGUGCGUAGUUGCAUACGUGUGUCUCCGUUGUUAAAGUUUAUUGUAUGAUUUAUCGUUAAUUUGAGACUUAUUUUAACAAUCGGGAGUCAUGUAAACAUGACAUCACGGGCGUCUUUUCUGGUCAGUCGUCAUGAAAACAUGGCGUUUGGAACAGAGUGAAAACAAACUACAUAUCACUGUAACGUUAUACCACCAGUAGGCUACCGGAAAAAAGAGCGGGUGGUGGCAGCGGAGCUCAUUGGGUGCUCAGCACCCCUAAAGCUCUAACCCUACAAUCGCCUCUGACCAAAUUGAUCCAGAAGAAUCAUCAGCAUCAGGAUCAUCAUAUGAUUCCAUAAUGGCAGAAAAAUCUGAUUGUUUGCAGAUGAAAAACUCUUUCCCAAAAAGAAAGCGAAGAACAGCUGCCAGCAAAUGCUUUACUUGCCAUCAUUGUGGAAAGGGGUUUAAAGGGAACAAAUGUCUUGUGAAACACCUGAAAACCCACACCGAAGAAAAGAUUUUUACCUGCCCUCAGUGUGAGAAAAGUUACAAAAGGAGAGAAACACUUAAAAAUCACAUAAGAAUUCACACUGGAGAACGUCCAUACGCAUGUCUUCAGUGUGGAAAGAGUUUCACAAACACAUAUUUUCUAAAGGUCCACAUGGAAAUUCACACUGGAAAGAAUCCAUGCACAUGUCUUCAGUGUGGAAAGAGUUUCAAGAACACAAGUAAUCUAAAGGCCCACAUGAUGAUUCACACUGGAGAACGUCCAUACGCAUGUCUUCAGUGUGGAAAGAGUUUCACAAACACAUAUUUUCUAAAGGUCCACAUUAGAAUUCACACCGGAGAGAAUCCAUACACAUGUCUUCAGUGUGGAAAGAGUUUCAUAAACACAAGUAAUCUAAAUGCCCACAUGAGAGUUCACACCGGAGAGCGUCCAUACAAAUGCCUUCAGUGUGAAAAGAGUUUCACACACAGUGGUUGUCUUGAGGACCACAUGAGAGUUCACACUGGAGAGCGUCCAUACUCAUGUCUUCAGUGUGAAAAGAGUUUUAAACAUAGACAUAGUCUUAAAACCCACAUGAGAAAUCACACUGGAGAGCGUCCAUACACAUGUCUUCAGUGUGAAAAGAGUUUUAUACAUAGACAUAGUUUUAAAACCCACAUGAGAAAUCACACUGGAGAGCAUUAAGGGGCCAUUCACAUGUCGCACCUAAAACGCUUGGAAAACGCAUCUUGUCACAUGACCUGCAGUGCGCUUGUGGCAUUCUGAAAUGUUGAAAUGUUCUUAACUCGAUAUCACAAUGUAUGAUUUUUUUUAACUAUUUAUUUGUAUGAUACAGCUGCAAAUAAGUAUUUGAACACCUGAGAAAAUCAAUGUUAAUAUUUGGUACAGUAGCUUUUUUUCAAUUACAGAGGUCAAACGUUUCCUGUAGUUUUUUACCAGGUUACUUUGCACACACUGCACUCUACACACUGGAUUUUGGCCCACUCCUCCAGAAAGAUCUUUUCUAGAUAAGUUAGGUUUCUGGCCUGUCGCUGAGAAACACAGAGUUUGGGAUCCCUCCUAAGAUUCUCUAUUGGGUUUAGGUCUGGAGAUUGGCUAGGCCAUGCCAGAACCUUGAUAUGGUUCUUACAGAGCCACUCCUUGGUUAUCCUGGCUGUGUGCUUCGGGUCAUUGUCAGGUUGGAAGACCCAGCCUCCACCCAUCUUCAAUGCUCUAACUGAGGGAAGGAGGUUGUUCCCCAAAAUCUCGCAAUACAUGGCCCCGGUCAUCCUCUCCUUAAUACAGUGCAGUCGCCCUGUCCCAUGUGCAGAAAAACACCCCCAAAGCAUGAUGCUACCACCCCCAUGCUUCACAAUAGGGAUGGUGUUCUUGGCAUGGUACUCAUCAUUCUUCUUCCUCCAAACACGUUUAGUGGAAUUAUGACCAAAAAGUUCUAUUUUGGUCUCAUCUGACCACAUGACUUUCUCCCAUGACUCCUCUGGAUCAUCCAAAUGGUAAUUGGACAUGUGCUGGUUUAAGCAGGGGAACUUUCCGUGCCAUGCAUGAUUUCAAACCAUGACGUCUUAGUGUAUUACCAACAGUAACCUUGGAAACGGUGGUUCCAGCUCUUUUCAGGUCAUUGACCAGCUCCUCCUAUGAAGUACUGGGCUGAAUUCUCACCUUUCUUAGGAUCAUUGAGACGCCACGAGGUGAGAUCUUGCAUGGAGCCCCAGUCCGAGGGAGAUGUCAUGUUUAGCUGCUUACAUUUUCUAAUGAUUGCUCCAACAGUGGACCUUUUUUCAUCAAGCUGCUUGGCAAUUUCCCCGUAGCCCUUUCCAGCCUUGUGGAGGUGUACAAUUUUGUCUCUAGUGCUUUGGACAGCUCUUUGGUCUUGGCCAUGUUAGUAGUUGGUUUCUUUCUCUUGUAUGGGGUGGACAUGUGUCUUUAUGCAGCUAUCGACCUCAAACAGGUGCAUCAAAUUUAGUAUAAUAAAUGGAGUGGAGGUGGACAUUUUAAAGACAGACAGGUGUUCAAAUAGUUAUAUUGUGAUUUCUGUUUUUUUUUAGAUUAUGUCUCUCACAGUGGACAUGCACAUACGAUGACAAUUUCAGACCCCUCCAUGAUUUCUAGGUGGGAGUACUUGCAAAAUAGCAGGGUGUUCAAAUACUUAUUUUCCUCACUGUAUUUCCUUCCUAAGAUAGCCCGACGGCCAGGGUAGAGAUACGGUUUGGUAGCCCAAUUGGAGGACAGCAUAGCCCCGGGAUUGUCGGGCUAGCGAUUUUGUGAGCCUUGCCAGCAAAUGUAACAGAAAAUCGGAGCCAAAAGUGUUUAUCUAUAGUGAGGUUUUUUUUCUGUUUUCAGUCUUCGGGGUUUGGGGUUUUAUUUUCCCCCGUCACAUUCACUCAAUCGACCUCCCUGCAGUUCACCUUGUGUGCCUGGAGCAGGGAGAUCGCUCCCUCGAGGAACAUUUAAGUGACUUUUAGUGUUUACACCUUUAUCCACCUUCCCGGACAGCUGCCUCUGUACUUUCCUGCUUGCUGGUCUCAAUACACCACACGAGCGCAGUUGUCCGGCGAGGGUCCUCAAGGGAGCUUCACUGCAUUAAUGGAGUGGGUGCUGGUAUCUUGCGGAUCUCCUUUCACCAUUGAGGAUGUCGCCAGUCCCAAACCAGAGACCAGCCAGCAGUCACCCUGUCGCACGUAGCCUGAGCCCACUGCAGACAGAGAGCCUGCAGUGACACGUGAGCCAGUGCGUGCCACUACUGAGCUCGACCUCGUGCCCGAGCCUCACAGAGCAUCUGACCAGGCAUGUGAGCUGGCUACCCUGUGCGUUACCAUGGAAGUCCUGGUGGAAUUUGAGGGAAGCCCCACCUACACUCCUGCCGUUUGGUGUGAGCUGCUGCUGAACUGUGGACAAUUUGACUUUUUCCAUGAUGUGUUCUCCUGCUGCAACCUCUGCUGGUCCCCCCCAGCUGUCCUUCGUCUCGGCGGGUCCCACCCAGCGCGAUCCUAAUGGUCUAAUCAGAGUCAAUGGAUUAUGCUAAGCUAUGCUAAAAGUGGUACCGCCAGACCCAGAGAUCGGCUGAAUGGAUUCCAAAACGUUAAAAAUCAAAUAUUUAACUGUAGGGGAGCUGAAAAUGAAUAAAAAAGUGUAGUGUCCCUUUAAACAUAGUUUACACCAUUCUACCCUUACCAGAGGAUUGAUUUAUGCAUAGAGAACAAUUGUUUAAACUAAAAAAAAUGGAAAAGCAAUUACACAAUGUUUAGAUAUGAAUGAGUUGCAUCACCUAACUUGCCUUACUUUCAACACUUUUCCCAAGUCUGAGGCAUUUAACAUCCCAUGUUAAUACUCUGUGUGGAUCGAUUUAACUGCAGUAUGCCACAUUUUUAACUGGUCUAUAUUACACUACAUACGGAUUGCACCAUUUGUCUAGAGAGGACGCUCGAUGGUGGCAGCCCGGACACAAGGAGUGGUUGCAGCACCCAGUUUAGGCAGUAUAUGUACAAAAGUUGGAUAGAGCAUCUUUAUUUCACUUGAAUCAUUUAUGUUUAUUUUGUAACAUUUUGUAUAUGUGCAUAAACAAACAACAUAUCAAAUGUGUGGUGUAAUGAAUUGUUUCAUGUAUUUGUCCUAAAAUUACACGAGAAGGAAGUUGAGUCUUCACAUGUAUAUGUGUGUUUUAAGGUAAUUUUAGCCCAUUUUUACUUGAUGAUUUACUUGAGCAUGCAUCAGGUAUACUUCAGUGCACAUAGUGUAUUUAUGUUGAUUUUAUGCAAUAAAUAAUUACAUUUGAACCAUUUUUAAGAAAGUUAAGACUGAAUGGACCCGAAAAUGUCAAAUGGUGUAACCGCCAAUUGCGCCAAAGAAUGAGAAAUAUUAAAUAUUUUAUUUCAUUUUAAAAUAUCAUUUCUAAAUGUAAAUUUGAAUGCAUUUUUGUAA